UAAUCCUUCCACAAACACACACCUCAAUUGACAGGACCCAGACACGCCUGUGACGUGAGAAAGAAGGUUACUGUUUUUAUGGGAGGGGAAAGAGAGCUCAGGCGGCACAGCCCAGUGCCAAGUCGACUGUUGGACAAGAAUCUUUAAAGAAACGUUUUUAAAUAUGUUUGUCCUUUUAAAAAAUUUAAAAUGUUUUUUCCUGAACGAAUAAAAGCUCGUCCCAGCCACCAAACAGGAGCUGAAGCUGAAACAGAGAAGCUGCCGCGUCUCGCUGCUAAAGAGAAAUGAAACUAUUCCUGGCCUGCACACUACUCCUGUGUGCUGCCCUUCACCUCAGCCAGUCACAGUGCUUGGAGGGUCUCGCCAGCAUGGAAAUGUCCGCAGAUGGUCAGUAUGUGGUUCCCACACACUGUACGGACCCCUUUGACAGCACCCCAUACCCCUUAGGUGCGGUGUGGAGGACUGGGGACUGCAUGGAGUGCUUGUGUGAGGGGGGCGGGUUCCGAUGCUGUCCUGUCGAGGUGACGAGGCCGGAGAAGGUCCCUGAAGACUGCGUGCUGCUGUUUGACGAGGAGAGCUGCGGGUUCAAGGCGUUCAAUAUCAAUGACCCCUCAGAGUCCUGCCCUCUGUAAUCUGCAGGUCGGAGGCUGGCAAUGACGCCAGAGACUCCCCUCUGUGUAACAAGAGCUCUUACCCUGCCAACAAUCAAUAAACCUUGAUUCGAAA